UUUUGAUGAUGAAUGAUCUUUUUGUUGCUUUCAGUGUACAUAUACAUAAUCGUCGGGGUCGUGGUUGCCCUUAUAAUAAUAACGCAAAGAGCUGUAGUACUGUAUUUGAAGUGUAAAGCAAAAAGAACUGCCAGACUGGAGAGCUUGUCCCUCAGGGCCCAGGAUCAGGACGACAGCUCAAAAAGAUACAGCAGUUCUCCUGCCGUGAAAAUAUCCGCAUUUUCUAGAAUAAUGAAUAGAACAUCAAAUAGAGAUGACAACAACAUCUAUGAGACGGUUGACGAAGUAAGAAACGCGGAAAGGGAAACCAGUCCUGAGCCGAACAUCAGUAAAAGACCGCCUCUGCCGCUGCCAAUUCAUUCUCACGAAGCUAUUCUGCUAGGUCUGGCGCCGGCAGGGCCGCGCCGACCGCCGCCAGCGCCUGUGUGCGGAACCUAUGAAGCGCCCUAUGUUCUAAUGAAUCGUCAUAAAAAAAACAAUUUAAAUUUUGGGACAAUAUUAUUUGAUCCUCUAAAAACUAAUUGAUCUUUUUUGUAUGUGCACUUUUAA